UUGAACAUUGCUAUCGUUUUAUAUUUAUGUAUUUUACGCGGUUACACUUCUUCGCGGUCACCCCGCGUUUUUUGAAAUUUGUUACAUCUUUCCAAUUUUCACUUGUUCUUCUUAAUACAUUGUUGGUCUUUAACCGUGUACAACGUUAGCCACAUAGUAGAACCUGGUGACGUUAAUGUUCUAUAGGUUCAUAAUCGGAAUCAUAAUUAGUAUACCAUAGGCAUACAUUGAAAAUAAAUGAUUAAUCAUCUUGUAUCAAUACAAAUACAUGUCCACUAGCUAUCAGUCUUUAACAUUGAAUUCGGAUUCAUCUAUUUUGUAGAGUGAUUAUUAGAGAUAAUCACUGAUAAUAGAGGAUGAAAGUGAUUCUAUGCAUACAUUCAUGUUUAUCUACUCUUGGUUCAAUGCUAUUCACCCUACAAUCCACAUAAGAUGAAGACAAUAUCAAGCACUGGAGAUAUUGAAUCAUAUGAUGAAGUCAUUAAGAUUUUAUCAGAUAAUGAACUACAAAGUAGUAGUUAUCCAGAAAGGCUUAUUACUAAUGAAGAAUUAAAAUGUCUUAAAGAAGCGUAUUGGAAAAGAAAGUAUGGUAGAGUGAAUAAUUAUAAAAUCAGACUAUUUUUAUGCAUUACUUUUAUCCUUUUAAUAUUAUGUGCAAUAGCUAUUAUUGUGAUAAGUAUUCUCUUACUUUAUUUUAUUACAAAAUCUUUAAAGUACUUGAAUUAAUAUAAACUUAUGAAUUUGUUGUUUGCUUUAAUGUGAUAAAGGAAACUAGAACUUAACUGAUUUUCCUUUUGAAUUUUUAAGACAUGGCCGCGGGAGAGGGUGGCAGUUUUAUGAGGUGGUUCCGAGUGCAACACACCGCUUCAAUGGCACAUCUCCAUUUUGUUCUGUUCUCUGCAGUCCACUUCAGCUGGCCCCACAAUUGCCCAUAAACUUUUUUCUCUUCCUCACACGAUCUCCUCCAUGUCAUUCUCGGACCAAUGCCCAACUCGUCGUUUCCCAAUCGGGUUCCACUCAAGCAAUGUCCUGUUGCUCGAUGUCACUUGACGGCCUCCU